AUCGGCCACUUCCGGUUACGUAGGCCCGGCAAGAUGGCGGCGCCCAGGGCGUUUCUGCACCUGAUACCCCUAAAAUGGAAUUGGGGUGAGAGAGGCUUCCGUGAUCUGAGUGGAGUGACAACCCCAGAGGCCAGUCACAGGGGGAGAAGGACACUGCUGCAGUUCCUGUCUGACCAUUUCUACGAUGUGGAGUUCCUGAGGGAGUACUUCCUUCGGAAGCAGAUGCAGAAACUGCACCUGGAAAACGGAUCCUACAUUCGCGUCCAGAACAAAUAUGGCCCAGAUAUUGCAGGAGCCUACUUCAUCCUGAAGCAUGGAGGAGCCGUCAAGUUCCGAGACAUGGAAUGGGUCAGGUCAGAUGAGUGGAGGCAUUUCAUCGCCGGGGUCUCCAAGUUCCAGGCAGUGCCCGUGGAGGCUGUGGAUGCCAGUGGCUGUGCCAUCAAUUACGAUGGCCUAGGCAACCUCUUGUCCCUGAAGGAGCUCCGGUCCCUGUCACUGCAGCGUUGUCCCCAUGUGGAUGACUGGUGCCUCAGCCGCCUCUACCCCCUGGCCAGUUCUCUGCAGGAGCUGUCUCUGGCUGGCUGUCCCCGGAUCUCCGAAAGGGGCCUUGCCUGCCUCCACCACCUCCAAAACCUCCACAGACUGGACAUCUCAGACCUCCCUGCCGUGAACUUCCCGGGCCUCACUCAGAUCCUGGUGGAGGAGAUGCUGCCCAACUGUGAGGUCGUGGGGAUGGACUGGGCCCAGGGCCUGAGGCAGGGGCCAGAUGAGCAGCCUCAGGAUGCAGCAGGCCCCAUCCCUGUCGAGCCCCUGGCCCCUGGGUCCAGGCAACCCCUGUGCAAUUCCUGAUGGCUUCCUACUCUGUGCCUUCCAAGUUGGCAUUCAUUCAGCACUGGUCAUGGGCGCUGGCACACCAGAGGGAAAGACAGUGUGAAGCUAGAGUAUCUGUUGCUGGUUGCCUGUGGGCAGCAGCCUCCUCGCCUGUCAUCUGGUCUGGCUGUCCUCUCCACACAGCCCCCUCCUGCCUCACCAGCUGUUAGGACAUGGGCUGCGCUUGUCUCCAUACUUUCCCACAUGCAACCCACCAUUGUGUUUGAGGGUGGCCAUGUAAGGUCAGAAGGACCUGACAGACCCGAGAUGCUGCUGGCACCUGGCAGCAAGGGCCUCUCCCUGUGCAGGAGUGGCCAGCUCAGGUCCACCUGUUUAUCAUCCUCAGCCCUUGGUCUCUAAAUGCCAGUAGCCCCCCAGUUCCUGUGGUGUGGCUGGUUAUUAAUUUAUUAGCUUUAAGUUUCACAUUCAGCUUUUUUCUGCUGCUGUGUGAAAAUUGAGCUGGGGCUUUGGACUUACUUCCUUUGCCAACUGGUACAAUAGGCUUCGCCAACAGAAGAUGCUGGAGACUAUUCCAGGAGGAAACGUGUAGUGCUGUGUGCCCCAUGCAACUGAGCUCCAGGUUUGGGCCACAGGGUAAGUGGCUCCCCACAGCCCUGCAGUUUCUUCAAGGUGCAGCCCUCCCGGAGGCUCCUCAGCCACCCAGCUGGAUUUCCAGUCAUUUCAGAGGCAUUUACCAAUGAACUCUUGUGAUUCUACUUCACUGUGGAAUAAUCCUUUAUAUUAAAAUUUUCAUUAAACUAC